UAUCAUCGCAGCAGCAGCCGAGGGGAGUGAAGUGAACCCAGGGGAAGGGAGAAAAAAGAGAGAAAGGAUUUACGGACACCAAGCAACCAAGCAUGGCUACCCAAACGACUGCAUCAUGCACUGGAUCCACUCUGUUGCAGCCAAUCAGCGAAAUUAUCAAUCUCCCUCUCGACCAGGUUAACUUUGUGGCAGGUCAGCUGUUCGCCCUGCUAAUGGCCUUGUGGUUUCGGAUCUACCUCCACCCCAGUAAGACCAGUCCCUUCAUCAGACAUGUGGUGGCCACUCUGCUGGGCUUCUACUUGGCUCUCUUCUGCUUUGGCUGGUAUUCUCUUCAUUUCCUGGUGCAGAGCGGUCUGUCCUACAGUGUGAUUGUCUUUGCUGGCCUGGAGAACAUGCACAGGUACUGCUUCAUGGUGACUCUUGGCUACCUGAUAUUGUGUCAGAUCACACGAGUCUACGUAUUUGACUACGGCAUGUACUCUGCAGAUUUUACAGGGCCCAUGAUGGUUAUAACACAGAAGAUCACCAGCUUGGCGUUUGAAAUACACGAUGGUUUGACCAAGCGAGACGCACAGCUGAAUCCCAGUCAGAAAUACCUAGCUAUCAGGCGGAUGCCCAGCUUGCUGGAAUAUCUAAGCUACAACUGUAACUUCAUGGGCAUCCUGGCAGGACCCACAUGCUCCUACAAUGACUACGUGGCCUUCAUUGAAGGCACAUGCUACCAGCCGCGCCACCAGGAGAACGCCAACGGGAAGGAGAAUGGAAAGUACAAGCAGAGCGAACCCUCGCCCAAGAAUGAUGUCAUCUCCAAGCUGUGCACGUGCGCCAUCUCGCUGGCCAUCUAUCUGUCACUGUGUAAACUCAUCCCAGUGGAGCACUCCAUAGACGACGACUUCGUCAACUCCACACCCUUCUAUCUACAAGUCCUCUACCUUUACCUGGCCAUGUUGGCUCUGAGGCCAAAGUAUUAUUUUGUCUGGACACUUGCUGAUGCAAUUAACAACGCAGCAGGAUUUGGCUUCAAUGGAUACAACAAAGAUGGCUGCCCACGGUGGGACCUGAUAUCAAAUCUCAGAAUUCUGGACAUUGAGUUUGCCACCAGUUUCAAGAUGUUCUUGGACAACUGGAAUAUCCAGACAGCUCUUUGGCUCAAAAGGGUGUGUUACGAGCGCUGUCCCAUAAACCCCACUGCUGCCACCUUCCUGCUGUCAGCCAUGUGGCACGGGGUUUACCCCGGCUACUACCUGACCUUCCUCACUGGCAUUGCCAUGACCAUGGCUGCACGUGCAGUACGGCACAACAUCAGACCGCACUUCAUGGUCUCCGACUCAUACAAGUGCAUUUACGAUGUCAUCACGUGGGCAUGGACUCAGGUGGCUAUUAGUUACACAGUGAUGCCGUUUGUCCUACUUGCUGUGGGACCUUCACUCAAGUUCUACAGGUCCUGGUACUUCUGCGUACAUCUUCUGUGUCUGCUGGUGGUAGUGGCCCUGCCCGUCAAACUAAUACCAAAGGCCAAAGAGCAGCAUGACGGCUUACAGGACAACCAGACAGACCACAACAGCACAGACAACAACUGCAACCAGAAAGACAAAGCCACAUGAGGCUCAGGACACCAACGUCCCUUCAGCAGCAGAAACACUGAGACGAACUAGAAACCACUGAGAACUGGAGUGUGGCGAGUCUGUUUACCUGACAAAGAACCAAAUAUUGGACGUACUGAGAAUCCUAACAGACAGAAAACACAAGUCAACGUCCUGUCAAAACUUCCAGUAGCAAGGAUGACCACGAUCGCUUUUCUGACAUGGACAAGAGACCAGGAUUUAACAACGGCCAUGGUGUAAACUAAUGAGUGAUAGUGGUUACAUUACAUUGUAUUAGUGGAGAUGAAGAAAAACUGACUUCCUAGCUGCCUUAAACCCUCUAUGUACUCUGCAAGCGAAAUACCAGUUUGGAUGGCACGCUGCAAGAACCCAAAUGCAGUUACCACCAGCGUGGUGUCGGGUUAUACAAACAGAAUAGGAGUGCAGUAUGUGGAGGGUUUUUGUCAUUGUCUGGAUACAAGCCUCUUGUUAGUUGGAAAAGGAAAAAAAUAUGUUCAUGUAAGAGAAACAUAACCUUUAUCAUCAGCUGCCAAUUUCAAACAGGCCUUAGGAUCCUCACAAUAUUGUUUGAUUUCUAUGUCUUUUUUAAAAAUCUUUACUCGAAGAAGAAUUCACAUUGUACGUGUUUUGUAUUUAGAUGUCUGUGACAACACUAUUUGAACACCAUUCUUAAUACUAUCUUUCUGGGAUGAAUUGACUCCGCCUGACGUAAUGAACCAACAGAGAGUCCCAAAGUGGAAUUCAGAUCUCGUCCGUCUCCAGCAGUGGAAAGCCACUCAAUAGUUACUAAAUGGAUUUCUGUUUUGUUUUUUUAAAAAGAUUUUUUCAUAUCUGCUGCUUUUUUUGACAAACACUCAUCAGUUUCUGUUAAAUGUGUUUCAAAGGGAGUUUAUUUACUCACUUUACGUGAUUUACAAUACUUUUUUUUUUGUUAAAGGAUUUCUGACUUUGGGUUCAGGGGUAUUUGUGUGUUGUCUUUUUGUUUUUUUUUAAUGUGUUCAUAUUUUUCACACAACAGGUUUCCUCUGUGUUCAAAUGUUUUGCCUCUGUGACACACGUGUCCAAAACUAUUUAAUUAAUGUGAAUCCCUAAACAACAAAAUAAUUAGUGAAAGGCAGUGGAUUGUUUACAUCGCUGUUGAGCAAAAUUACUGCAACAGAGAUCUAAUCCCAUUCGCGCCACAGUCACUCAAUCGUUUAACUGUCAAAACAUUUUGUAGCCAUAAUUAUCACAAACCAAUUGAAUGUAAAAUAUAAUUUGUCAAAUUGAUGCACAGUACGUAAAAGCACAUAUUGUAUUCAGGCUACAGAUUAAUUUAAGUGUGCAAUGUGCAUUUGUCGGUGAGGAAAUCUGAUAUUUAUGUAUGUGACAUAAUAAUAAUAAUAAUAACAAUUAUAAUGUACAAAUUCAAAGACGUAGACCAGCUGUUGUGGUAAACGGUCUUAUUUCAUAUUGUGUCCACUUAUGUUAGAAUAGGGUUUGUUUCAGGGUGCAUUUACUGUAUGGUGUAAGAGACACUGGUUCCUCCUGCUCUUUUGGUCCGCGGCUCACUGUAAGCCUUUCAAACCAUCCAGUUUACUCUCUACAACACACAGAAUUUAAGACAGACACCCCUGUGACAGUUUCCUGUCCCAUGAUACAUUUGAAUGGAUUUGGUAAAUAGAGAUGUGGAAAUGUGGUGCAGAGAAGUCAACCUAAAAGAGACCUCACUGUUUCAACAGAGUCCAACGACACAUUUUUGCAUAUCCGUUAAACCAGGAAUCAGUCUGGGGGAAUUCAAGCCCACAGUAUCAUACACACUUUGAAUUUGUGCAUUUUAUUUCUGGAAGUCAAAAAAAAAAAAAGGGUUAGUAAUUUGAGUUGAGUUUGGUGCAUUUGUGUUAGGUAAAAUAAUAACAAAGCAGCAGAGGUGAGUUUUGAAGUAUGGACCUAUUUUCAUUUUCUUCUUAGGAUUCUCUAACAUUUGCAUAUUCCUGCCAUAACUGUGUGUGCGUGUGUGUGUGUGUGUGUGUGUGUGUGUGUGUGUGUGUACCAGUAUUCAUGUGAUUCGUACAUGUUGAUGUGGUCUCAAGUAAACUAUAUUUGUAGCCUGGGCCCAGUUUAGGUGAGUGCGGCCCACCUAAGGGAAAGGGAUGUCAUUCUACAAACAUUGCACUGCAUGGCCACCCAAACCAGCAGAUCAAUGCAAACUGCUCCAUAUGUCCAAAGUGCCAAAUCAUGAAUGGCGCAUUUUGUUUUGUGUGUGUUCGUGUGCCUGCGUGUGUGUUUGCGUGCGCGCAUGUGUCCAUGUUGUAUGUGUGUGUGCGCCUGUGUAACAUAAUGGUUAUUUUUGUGUCAGAAGGAAAUUUAUUGAAAGGUUUGUAUAACAGUACAUUAAAAAUCUGAUUUAUGUGGCAAA